CACAACCAUGAUGGGUUGACUUUUUUGGGGGGGCGGCAGGCGGUUGGAGAGAGGAAGUGUGCGUUCGCCACCACUUGCUUAGCCAUGGAGACCAACAAAGUUCUGCAUUUUGUGCCUUCGGAGGCACCUCCCUCUGGGAUGUCCAAGAAUGGAUACUUCUUUCAAGAAAUGGAGCAGCGGGAGGUGGAGCAGGAGGAGGGCAGCGAGGGCCGAGAGGAGGGACAAGACUCCCCGAUCGCCUGCGGAGAUGACAUCCACCUCUACGACAACCAGAUCAGCCCCGGGCCAGACGCUGACGACUCUGGUUGCGUGUUGCUGAACACGUCAAGACGGUAUGUGAAGCUGAUGAACUUUGAGGAGGAGAUCCGGGCUCACCGGGACCUGGACGACUUUCUGGCGAAGGCCACGAUCCUGCUGGACGAGACCGCCGCCUCCCUGGACGACGUCCUGAAAAGGAUGCUGCACCACGUGGGCCAGGACAGCAACGCGUCCGAGCCCAGCUGCAACUUCGAGGAGGUGAUGAGCAUGCUUUUCACGGACGCCGGAGCUCAGGAGGUCAACGUCCACCUGCUGUCAGAGACGAUCCAGGGGGUGACAGCCACCGCCACCGGGAUCCAGUACCAGCAGUCCUGGCUCUGCAUCCUCUGCAACGUGAAGCAUCUCCAGAGGCGUCACGUGUGCAUCUCCCGCCUGGAGAGGCCGCAGAACUGGGGGGAGAACUGCUGCGAGGUCCGCUAUGUGAUCCUGAUCCUGGCCCCGCUCAAAAUGAAAAGCACCAAGACGGCGAUGGAGCUGGGCCGGACGUUCGCCACCCUCUUCUCUGACAUCUCCUUCAGGCAGAAGCUGCUGGAGACGAAGACGCAGGAGGAGUUUAAGGAGGCGCUGGUGUUCCAGAGGCACCAGCUGACGGCAACCAACCAGCAGCCCACCGCUCUGGGGAAGGAGGAGACCGACCCCCGCAGUCACAAGCCCCUCAAGUGUAAAGACUUCUUGAAAGCCGGCCGGGGGAUUUACGAGGACUUUCGCCGUCGGCUGCCUUUCUACCCCUCUGACUUCACAGACGGUAUAGUUGGCAGUAAUAAAACCCUGCUGAAGUACAUGACCACGGCCAUCUUCCUCUACAUCGCCAUCCUCCUCCCCGCCAUCGCUUUCGGCUCCCUCAAUGACGAGAGCACACGUGGCGAGAUAGAUGUUCGGAAGACCAUCAUCGGCCAAAGCAUCGGCGGGGUCAUCUACUCGCUGUUCGCUGGCUCUCCUCUCGUCAUCCCUCUCACCACAGCUCCCCUCGCCAUCUUCAUCAGCGUGAUACGAGGAAUCUGCGACGACUACAACCUGGACUUCCCGGCUUUCUACGCCUGCAUCGGUUUGUGGAACUGCCUCUUCCUCAUCCUGGGAGGGAUCUUCAACGUCAGCCUGCUCAUGAAGCUCUUCAAAAGGUCGACAGAGGAGGUCAUCGCUCUGUUCAUCUCCAUCGCAUUCGUGGUGGACGCAGUGAAAGGAACAGUCAAAAUCUUUCAGAGGUACUACCACGCCCCGACGCUGACCAACGGCAGCGUAGACGCCUUCCCUCAGGUCGGAGAACUGCUCGGGGGAAACAGGAGUGAGACGGCGGCCGGGUUGGCACUCAACGCCCUCCCCGAGUCCGUCAUCCACUGCAGCCGAGAGAGGCCCCUCCUCUGCCUCCUGCUGAUGCUCGGGACCUUAUGGAUGGGCUACACCCUCUACCAGUUCAAACGGAGUCCGUUCCUGCAUGCCAAAGUGAGGGAGGUGCUGUCGGACUGCGCUCUGCCGAUCUCAGUGCUGUUGUUCUCCUUCAUCGGCUCCUACAUUUUCAGUGACAUUGAGCUUCCAGUCUUCAAAGUUCACAACCGGCCCGUCUUCAACGUGGCUCCGUUCGAGCGUCUGUCGGCCAUGAACGUUGUCAGCGCCAUGGGCCUCGGCUUCCUCCUGGCCCUCCUCAUCUUCAUCGACCAGAACAUCGUCGUCUCGCUGACCAAUGCUCCAGAGAACAGGUUGCUGAAGGGUACGGCGUAUCACUGGGACCUCAUGCUCUCCGGCCUCAUCAACAUCCUGAUGUCGGUGCUGGGGUUGCCCUGGAUGCACGCCGCCUUCCCCCACUCCACCCUCCAUGUGCGCCAGCUGGCCUUCGUGGAGCAGCGCGUGGAGGGGGGGCACCUCUACGAGACUAUCGUCCAGGUGAAGGAGACCCGGCUGACGUCUCUGACCGCCAACAUCUUCAUCGGCGUGUCGGUGCUGCUGCUUCCUCUCCCGCUGCAGUGGAUCCCCAAACCCGUCCUGUACGGCCUCUUCCUCUACAUCGCCCUCACCUCCAUCGACGGCAACCAGAUGUGCGACCGCAUGGCUCUCCUCCUCAAGGAGCAGACGUCUUACCCGCCCACCCACUACAUCCGCAAAGUGCCCCAGAGGAAGAUCCACUACUUCACCUUCCUGCAGAUGAUGCAGCUGCUGGUACUCUGCACGUUCGGCAUGUACCCGAUCCCGUACAUGAAGAUGAUCUUCCCUAUGAUCAUGAUCAUGCUAAUUCCAAUCAGGAACAACGUGCUUCCUCAUAUCAUUGAGGCCAAAUACUUGGACAUAAUGGACGCCCAACACAUGUAGCUACAGAUGGAGACGAGUUCUGGAUCCACAAAUAAUAGACGUCUGGAAUUCUGAAAAAAAAAGAAAAGAAAAAGAAAUGAGGAUUUAAAAAAAUUACGACAUAUUUUUCAAUGCAAAACUGUACGGAAGCAAAAAGGAGAAAUAACGACUGUUUUGAUUUUUGUAUCUGAUAAGAACAUUCUUACAGGUGAAGCACUGGAAAUGUGGGAAGUCGCGUGAGAAAGAGAGAUGAGAGCUGUGUGGACAGACAAGUUCAGCCGAAAAACAAAAAACAGGAGCGUCCAGAACUCCAUGUUUCACCUCCGUUUGACCCCGUCAGCUAGUCCAGUGCCACAUAUACCUCCAUGUUCUCCUCUCACACCUUCACAUUCUAUGGUAACAUUUUACAAUAUCCUUACUGGAGUGUGUUCAUCUGUGUGUUAAGCUAAGGGUAAGUGCUUAAAGUACUCACUGAUACUGUGUAAGUAAUACAAAUGCUGCCGGUGUACAUUGUAGAGUACGUAGAAAGGUGUAACGGCACAAUGUUAGUUAGAACAAUGUCUAAUUUUUUUUUGACUCUCUGCACUCACAUUGUGUUUUUACACUGUCAUUCGGGUCAAUUCUACAUACUUACGCUGUGUUGAUAAGUACUUAAGUACUUCUCUGCGGAUGAAUUCACUGGUGAGAACGCUGCAAAGUAAACCUGUACCUUUUUGUAAUUUUGUCAUCGUGCAGUGUUAAAAAACCUUUACAUUCCUGCACCUUCUAGCUGUGAUUCCCUCCUUUUCUAUGAAGGACACGUGCAUAUUUAGUUUCUAAGUCAUUCCAAUAACUGUCAGUGUUCAUGAAGGCGGAACAAGGAAGCUGUGUGUGUGUGUAAAUGUGUGUGUGUGUGUGUGUGUGUGUGUGUGUGUGUGUGUGUGUGUGUGUGUAAAUGUGUCUGUGUGUGUUUGUGUGUGUGUCAGAGGCACAUCACUUAUCUGUCCUUCAUCUAUCUUCCUGCCAGCUCUUUCAAAAACCUCAUUUUUAAGGUGGAAUUUAAGUACUCAGCCGAAUAAAAAGUAAAACACAUUCCACAGGUAUAUAUGUAACUAUUUAGAACGACAGCACAAACCAAAACAUAUAGUGAAAUCUUUAUCAAAUUAUGAAUAUAUUAGAAUAUAUUAUGGAAUUAUACAAAAAGUAUUUUAGGUUGAAUUCAAAUAGAAUAUUUAUUUAUCAUGAUGACAGUUUUAUCGUUUAAGUGCUAAAUGAGAAUUUUGUGUGUUUAACCCAGAACCCUAAAGUAAAGUGUAUUUCUCUGUUUGCUCCUUUACAUUCCACCGUUAAUGAUUCUUGUAUUUUGAGUGUCUUGUCUCACAUCUGGCUUUGCCGCGGUGUUUACAUAUCAAAGUCCCUUCCAGCUUCAUGUCAAAGUCCAACACAGUUCUGGUUCAUUGCUAGUAAAGACGAAAGUCAGGUAAACGUAAAGAAAAAAAAACAAAAAACUAAAAAAAUAAUAUAUUUGUGGGCUUUGGAUUCAACAAAAUGCAUUUUUAUUUUUUAUUUUUGUGAACACGUGUUCAAAGAUGAGUUUUAGAAUAAUCUGGUCUUGUUUUUUCUAUUUAGAUGUUAUGAUUAGAUCGAUGCUUGCAAACGUUGUCAUGUAAUAAUCCAGACGUCUGGAAAGAUUAUCUUGUUAUCUAAAACAAAAAAAAGACAAAAAAAGGAAACAUUUCUAAGCAAGCGCUGGUUUGCUUAAAGCAUGACUCAUCUGGGUUUUUUGAUACGAUGUUAUGCCAAUGGACAUGUAUCCUACACAACACAAGAACAAAAAAGAGUAGCAAGUCAAACAGUAACUUCUCAAUAAACUGAAUGCAACGCUCAAUAUUCAGCAAUACUGUGUAUAAAAAUAGAACUUCUCCGGUGAAGCAAAAACAGGCCAACAUGUAUUUUUAAGACACAAACUUGUCAAUACAUCCUCAUGGUACAAAAAAAAAAACUGCUCUGUGCUGAUUCAAUUAUAUCCACACACAAAAAAUGAAAGUGUGCCUGUCAACAAGGCCUCCACAGCGCCGGAUUCUAUUACUUGCUUUCCAAAUAUCCAAAAUGGCAGCUCCCUCAUGCAGUUCUGUUCAACUUUGUCUUACAGAUGUGAGAAGAGAAAGAUGUCCAAUUUAAGCAGAUGUCUCACGCCGAGAUAGCAUGGCAUGAAGGGAAAGCUCGUCUUCAUUUGCAUAAUCCCCGGAAUAAGGCUUACUGGUUGAGAGAGGAGAGAGAGAUUGUGAGGUAUGAAGUAAUAUGUACAGUUUGCAACGCAGAGUUUAGUUUUUAUCAAGUAUCCAUUAUAAUCCAUGGCAAGGUAUUAGUUUCUAACUUUGGACCGAGUACAGAGAUUUAACCAUUCUUCUUCUUAUGUGACAGUACUGUUGUUGUUCCUCCAUAUCUUCUCUGUACUGAUGAUUCUUUGGAAUAGCAGCAAACUUCUCUCAGAGGAUUUACCGUUGGAUUCAGAGUGAUAGGCCUACGGCUCUGUUUGUGAAACCUCCACACACACACCCCCCCCACCCCUCUCCUAAUUGGAUUUGUUUGAAAAUUGCGUACCGUGGUGUUUCUUUAUUUCCUUUUUUCUUUUUUCCUGAUUUCAUAUAGCCUACUUUUUCUAAUCAUGAAUGUAAGGUGUGGAUUUUUAUAUAGCAUACUAAUUUAGGUGUCAAACAGAAUCUGUAAUUUUUGUCAAAAAGAUCAGCUAUAUUUGUAAGCUGUAAUAUGUAAAAAUGAGAAAAAAAUGGUUAUAAAACAGAAUGUGUUGGUUUAUUAUAGUAUAUAUAUACUGUACACUGAAAAAGAGAAACUAUCUCAAGCUGUUUGCCAAAUAAAAAGUAGUA